GUACGUACCCCGACCACCUGCGCAAGCUGCCGAAGAAGCCUUUCGGCUGUGCGAAGAAGAAAAUUUGCUGACAAACGCCUGGACAGCUACACUUACGGUCUCCUCAACCUCCCUCACCUAAAUACCCGCGAUCUGUGACGAAGGUCGUACUACCGCCAUCAUGGAUAUGGAAAAGUUGAAGAAGAUGCAGCAGUCGGUACGAAUUGGUGAGUGCAGCUCCAAGGGAAUCUGCAGGGCUUCUGCGGCUCUGGGAUCCAAUUGCAGCUCCAAGACCCCAGAGCUCCGCCUUGUGUUGAUCAAAUACUAACUUUCUACUGCAGGGUACGUUACAUUUUCUUCUACAUCGAGAUGAGCACGAAGGAUACGACUGGGACACAUAAGAUAGCUAUAUAGAAUACAUUGAUGCUGACAAAAGGCAAUAGAGGAAAGGGUACCCCAAGAAGAAAGGUCAAGAAGGUUCAUAAGACUGGCGGUGUCGACGACAAGAAGCUCCAGACCGCGCUCAAGAAGCUGAAUGUCCAACCUAUCCAAGCCAUUGAGGAGGUCAACAUGUUCAAGUCUGACGGAAACGUCAUCCACUUUGCCGCCCCUAAAGUCCACGCCGCCGUCCCCUCCAAUACCUUCGCCAUCUACGGAAACGGUGAAGACAAGGAGCUCACUGAACUCGUCCCCGGUAUCCUCAACCAGCUCGGCCCAGACUCUCUUGCCUCCCUCCGAAAGUUGGCUGAGAGCUACCAAUCCAUGCAGAAGGCCGAGGGUGGUGAGGGCAAGAAGGACGAGGAUGAUGAUGAUGAUGACAUCCCGGAUUUGGUCGCCGGUGAGACUUUCGAGGACAAGGUCGAAUAG